UUUUUAAAAUUGUGAGUGCAAAUGACUGUUAAAUACUUGGUGAAGUUUUUCAUUUUUAUUUUAAUCUCACAUGGUUAAAGGUGUUACUGUUUUCGUUUUGCCGUCACUUUUGUUCACUGAGCAACAACAACAUUCCGAUGCGUUCAUAUUUCAAAUGUUUGUACCUCCGAUACAAAAGUCAUCCUGAAGUGCUCUAGGUCUCUGUAAGUUUAUGUUUGUGAGGAUGUGAUGACUGACAGUGAUUGAAGGUUGCCUUUGUGGGGCCCCUUCGUCUGCUCAUUAUGAAAGGUUUAUAGCAUCCUUUUGGAUUGUCUGUAUGCUUCUUAUUCCUUGCCCUGGGCCCUGUGCUGAUCCUACCUUGUACCUUUGCUGCUGAAGGCCUGCAGAGGACGGGGAGAGGUUGGAUUUGAAUUGCAGUGCAAGUUUGUGCAUGCUUUAACCUUCACCACCCUAUUCCUCCCCUUGGCCUGUGCACCAUACUGUUUGAAUUCAAAUGUGUACCAGAGGAGAAAGCUCCUCACCGGUUCCCUGUGAAAUUGUACUCCGGUCCCCUAAUCCUCCUCGGUUGCCACAUCGGGCCAUUCUAAAUUUGAAGUGUAAUGAAAUUUCCUGUGUUAAAUGAAAACACCAGUGAAAUAAAAGCCAAGCAGUGUAUGACCACCGGUGAGCAAACAUCUCACACCUGGCCUCGUGUCACAUGGGGAUAUUGAGCGGUUUAGGUGGCUAAAAGACUAGCUCGAGGGUGGAAAUGAUACGGUAAUAUUUUUCAUGAAAAUGAAUGAAGUGCAUAAUCGUAUGUUUAAAUGAACAGAUUUGAUGACAGUCUUUGUAGUACGGAUUUCGCAUGUCGGAGAACUUACAUAGUGUGAACGUGAAAUAUUGCUGCAGGGGCCCGAUUGUGUUGCACUGUUGGUUUUGGUUUUGGAAUCUGGCCAGAUGCGAUAUAAAAAGACGGCAUAUCUUAGGUAUGUUUGACAAUGCAGGGACACUAAAAUAACAAUAUAUUUUCAAAUCUUGACUGAUACGAAGAGAAGUUUGUAAAAACUUUUCUGCUGAUUGAAGGGUUCUAAAUAGAAACAUCACAUUUGAUCAAUACCUGAUGGAUAAAAUCAGUUCCCGGCCAAACUACUGACUAAUCACUAAUGAACAUCCAAAAUGACCUUUUUGAAAUAGCUUUUAAUAAUAAUAAGAAUUAACCAAGACAAAAAAAGUGAGAGCAAAAUAAGACCGUUAUGAUAAAGACUAGUAGACGGAGACAUGACUUUCUGAGAGCUGAUAAGCGAGUGACAGAGAGAGAGACAGAAAACAGAAAAAAACGAGUGUUAGUGACUUGUCAUUUAGCAGACGUGUUCUCGAUGUCAGUCCGCUUACAGAAACACCCUGUCCAGACCAUGUGUCCCCGAGGGCCGUGUGUCAGAAGUGACCUGGAGGCCAGACUGUAAGUAAAAAGAUGUCUGGAUAACAUAACGGCACAUUUGCAUGUUUUGACUGCUUCGGGAGGAAACAGUUGACUAGACCAAUCGGGCAGGGGAAAAAAAUGCACAUGCAAAUUGUGUAUGAAAGCGUUCACACAGCGGGGCUCAUGCAUAUCCAAGGCUGGAUUCAAACUCCUCAUGUUUUCAUCUUGAAAAGUUUUGAACGUGUUUAUUUUCCACGCAGUUGGAUAGUGUUUGUUAGCUGUCUAAGCAGUGUGUCAAUAUGCAGCCACAGCCAUUAGUCUGUUUCGCUGCUGUAUAUGAAGGGGACUCGACUCUGGCUGUCAUGGACUAUUACAGCUGUGUCUCAUUAGGCUGUUGUAGACCAUAAUGCUGUUACUCUUUUGCACAAAACUUGCAUAAGGGUGCUGUAAAAUUCCCAAAACAGGUGUUAAGAGACAUUGGUAAAGUUCGUGAUCACCUGUGAUGCACGACGUGCAGCCAAAUUCUGCAACAGUGUUUUCACGGUUGCAAUAAAAUAAUAAUAAGCAUUUGUUGCCCUCUUAUAAUAAGACCACACAGUGUCCACAGAGCUCUGCAGAUUUUUUAUGAAAUAAUUUGGUCGAUUUGACAUUGCUUUCAGCUACCAAAAAGUAGUUCCAGUUUCAAUGCUGGGGAAAGUUAGUUUCAAAAGUAAUGCAUUACAAUAUUGCAUUACUCUUUAUAAAAAAAGCAACUAAUUGCAUUACUUUUUAAUGAAAAGUAAAGCAUUAAUUUACUUUUGCAUUACUUUUUCUCAUCUGGGCUGGGCUUGCUUGUUUGUUUUUAUGUAAAAAGUUAUAUUUUUGACAAACGUGAAAGGCUUUUCACACCAAAGGUGAAAUGAAUAAGCCUGGCUGAAGGAAAUGUAAAUUCACGUCUGUGAAGUAGAGGCUUCGGCUCAAGCAAACCUUUCAGCUGUGCUGCCAUUCUGGAUUGCAUAAAAAAAGACGCAGGAAAAGAAAGUUCAACACACUUCAGCAAUAGAAAAAAAUUAAACACAAAUGUCAUUUAUCUGAAGUAAAUAUGCUUAUCAGUAUGGUUGAAUUGGAUCAUCGGGUGUCAGGAGCAAAGACACUAGUUGAUAGAAUGGGAUUAAAUACUUAAAAUGACUUACUCCCAAUUUCUCUCAACUUGGGGACAGGAGAGCUGCCAGUCAGUAAAUGGGAAAACUGGCAUUACUUAUUUGAAAGAGUAACUCGGAUAUUUUCUUGUAAAUUAAAAAGUAAUGCAUUCCUUUACUAAUCAUUUAUAGAAAGUAAUAUGAUUAUGUAACUCCCCCAAGACAGCAGUUGAAAAGUGUCACCCUAUUUAAAUCAAACACACAGAAUUUCAAUGGUCCAGAGCAGAAAGAGUCCAUCUUAGCCUGCUUUUUACAUUCUCAUAGAUUUAUUUUUAGAAUGCAGGGGUGGAAAGCGGGACAUACAGUCAGAAUCACGCACCCAGGCACCCUAUAGAUCAUCAGGAGUUGAAUAGAAUGAGCCGCCCUUGAGACUGAAGCACAAUUGGCGCCUGAUAUAUUCCACAGAAUCACACUCUGAUCCUAAUGGCGACAGAAGUAGAGGGCUCAGCAUGAGCCCACGUAAGAAAACAGAUUGCAAACUACGUCCCAUCAGCAUCAGAAGAGCGGCCCGAUUACACUCCAUGUGUGUAGCUGAACGGCUGGCAUACCGUUCCAGUGUCAUUCUGUCAUCCAUGGCAUUUAGCAGCAUCGUGGCACGGAGGAAGGGAUUCCUGCGCACAUGGUAUAUGAGGAGCCAGUGACAGUGAUGAACUCCGAGCAGGAAAGGCCGUUCAUGUGCAGCGCCCCGGGCUGCUCUCAGAGAUUCCCGACGGAGGAUCAUCUAAUGAUUCAUCGACACAAGCACGAGAUGACCCUCAAAUUCCCCUCCAUUAAAAAUGACAACAUGCUGUCAGACCAGACACCAACCCCAACGCGCUUCUUGAAGAACUGCGAGGAGGUGGGUCUCUUCAGCGAGCUGGACUGCUCUAUCGAACAGGAGUUUUGCAAGGCUCAGGAGGAGGAGGACAGCAAACAGAAUAUCGCUCUUCAUGGGCAGCACCAGCAGACCCACUCAAGAAUGGCCAACCAUGACAGCAGCAUAGUGAUCCAGCAGGCCCUGCCCUCGCCCCAGUCCAGUUCUGUCAUCACUCAAGCCCCUUCCACCAACAGACAGAUUGGACCAGUGCCUGGUUCCCUUUCCUCGUUGUUUCACCUGAGGAACAGACAGCGACAGCCGCUGCCGGCCUCCAUGCCUGGCACGUUGCCUGACCCGACUAUGCAAGGAUCGUCUGCUGUUCUGAUGCCUAUGGAGAGGCAAAUGUCUAUGGGGUCUAAUAUGAUGGGCAUGCAAGGCCCCGCCCACAGCGGCUCAUGCUCCUCCCCUCAUGUCCCAUCCAUGCACUCAGAGGCAAAGCUGAGACUGAAAGCUGCCCUUGCCCACCAUCCAGGGGGCAUGGCGAACGGCAAUAUGAACUCCAUGGGUCAUAUGAUGGAGAUGAUGCAAUCGCGGCAGGAUCAGGCCGGUCACCACCACCUGCACUCUCACCCCCAUCAGCACAUGCAGGGACCACCCCACGGAUACCCACAUCAUGCCCACCACCACCCCAGCCAUGCACAGAGCGCCCAUCACCACCCACAAAACCACGGGCACCACAACUCCCACCCGCCCCACCUGCACCCUGCACACGGGCAUCAGACCUCUCCACAUCAACCAAUGCACUCGGCUGCUUCACAGUUAUCUCCAGCUGCACAGCAAAUGCAGCUGACGCAGACCCUUCAGUCCCCUCCGCCCAGUGGAGGGCGCCGCAGACGGGUCGUAGACGAGGACCCUGACGAGCGCAGGAGGAAGUUCCUAGAGAGGAACCGCGCGGCCGCCACACGCUGCAGACAGAAGAGGAAAGUGUGGGUCAUGUCGCUAGAAAAGAAAGCGGAGGAGCUCACCCAAACCAACAUGCAGCUGCAGAACGAGGUUACCAUGCUAAAAAACGAGGUGACACAACUGAAGCAGCUUUUAUUGACGCAUAAGGACUGUCCCAUCACCACCAUGCAGAAAGAGUCUCAAGGUUACCUCAGUCCAGAGAGCAGUCCGGCAGAAAGUCCCACCCCUGUAACCCAGCAGCAAGUCAUCCAGCACAACACCAUCACCACCUCCAGCACAGCGCCCAAUCACCGCACAGAUAUUAACCCCAUCCACUAGAGACUCGCCCUUUACCACGCUGGACAUCCCGACUAAAAAUCCCGGACAGACACACACCUCUGUGCCUCUGCGGCAGCUUAUUCUUCUGUUUGUAAUUUGCAAAUGUAAACGGAUGACCAUUUUGUUUAGUUCUGUGUGUUUUAUGUUUCCAUUUGUGUCCGCUUAAAAAAAAGGGAGUUCGCAUAAAUCAUCGGGCACCAUCUCACUUGUCAAGGACAUCACUAGUGGAAACGUAACUGUUACAUCUGUUCCUGGAUUACUGCUGGACCAAUGCCUUUACAAAUGACAAAAAAAACUCAGAUAGCUGGAUAGCUUUUGCUAUGCAUUUUCCAUUGCCAAAAAGAUGCUGUCCUUUCUUUUCUGCUUAUUGUUAUAACAAUUACUCUCACAGUCUCCUUUUUAUCAAAUUCAAAGGGAUAAAUUAGGAAGGUCAGUCUCCAUUGGGAGUUCCUUAUGAAAGUAACCUGAAGCAAUAUGAAUCUCUGACAUGCUCAGCAAUCUGAUUGUCUUCCCUUGCUCGCUCAGACCAGAAUCUAGAUCAGAUUAAGUUCAACCUAUUAGCUCCUGUCAUUUCAGAUAUAAUUUCAAAAGUUAUUUUCUUAAGACAAAACAGCUUUGGGCUCCUAAGCUGGUACAAAUCAUGCAAAUGGAAUGCAUUUAUCAGGCUUCUGUGAGCAUAUGCCCUGCUCGACAUGUGUGAGAUUUUGGAGUUCACAGCUGCAAUCGUGUUGCACCAGGAAGACCUCUCUCUCUUGGCGUUUCUGUCCAAACAUUUCGGAAGAUCCCAUCAGCUGUUUCAUUUUAAGCUGGUGUAACUUCUGGUCAGAGUUACCCCUGGUCCUCAUCAGUUUGCAUAUUGCUUCUUCUGGCGGUUCAUUUCGGUAUCUGUUUUGGAUCAGCAAGUCAACUAAGUAUUACGCGUAUGUUUUUGUGCUCAUAUGUGGGCCUCCCAAUCAAUGCACUCCAACUAAUCUUGCACCAGAAUAAUGCCAUGGAAAACUUUUGGAAGCUUUUGCUUUUUAGCUUUUGCUUAAGACUAUGGAAAACUUAAAUGCUACUUAAAAGUAGCUUUCGUUUUGUCUCAAAGUAUUGUGUAGAUCUUUCUCGGGCAUUCUGACUGUGAGGAAGAUUAAUUUAAUAGGCUUAAAUGUAAUAGGAUAUAUUUUGAUACAUCCCAGUUCAUUGUUCUGGUUUGUUUGGUGCCUAGGAAAUUAUAUGAGGCUUCCUUCUUGACAUGGACCAUGGUAAAUUCUGCACUUGACUAUAGUCCAUAUGAAACCGUCAAGCCCCAACAAAAGUGCUGUUGGGCGUUAAAACCAGGGCGCAUUUGUGGUUACUAUUAUUCCUUAGCGGACAUGCCAUUUUCUGAACUCAAUACAUAGCAUUACACAAUAGGUUUGAUGGUGGCAUUUUACACCUCAGAAACGGUGUCCCAAUGUGUAAUGAACCAGGGUUUUUCCCAGUGCCUGAGUCUGUGUACACGAUACGCUGAUUCACGACCUAGGCAGCUGAUUGAGAUGCACCUGAAAAAAAAGCUGGGCAAUUGAACGCGGAAAUGUAUUCUGUAUGAACUGCCCUAAUCAUAACAUUCCAAUGUGACCUUUGUAAGGGAAAUGUGGGCAAAAUCCCAUAUAUCCCAUAGGCGUAUGAUCGUGGGGUACUGUCACUUUAAGACAUUGAGUCCUAAAUACCUUAAAGACCAUGACACACCAAACCAACAGUAAAGUACUAGCGGCUAUGAAAGCCGACUGUGUUGUUGUCUUGCUUCGCCUGUGUCUGGGCUAAAAAGUUCGCCGCAAAGGCUACAGCCAAAGGCCGACUAUUACGUAAAAUUCUGCAUAUGCAUAAAAAUAAAAUAAAAACUUUCCAUUCCAGCAGUGGACAGUAGUCUGCAACACAGAAACUGAAACUAAACAAAUACAAACCAUAAACAAAACAGUGCUUUCUUACAGCUUUCUUCAUUCCAAAUGUUUUUUCAUUGCCAUAUCACUAUGAAAAUAUUUGCAUACUUGAAUGCUCAGGUUGGACAAUGUAAAAUUAGAACAGGGGCCUCUUAACGUACUUAUUUGCUUGUUUUCGUAACUUUUGUUUUUCUUCUUGUGCACUGGUUCGCUAAGCUAAGCACCCAAUCAGUGUGAUCUUUCCUCAAUCGGCCAAAGAGCCACCAACUAGUGGCGACCGUAAUGAUGGCCUGGCAUUGGUGUGUCAUGGACUUAAGUUGCAUUUUCCUUGUCUAAUUGCAAAUAAUGAAGCAAUUUGGUCCACUUUGGUUUUUGAUCUAUAGCAAUCUAGAUACUGCUUUUCAGAUGUCACUAUGUGCCUGAAUACGUCUUAAAUACUCACAGAGGGAAGAAUGUCAGUCCUUAGUAAUAUCAUUGCAUUUGUUUUCAAUUCAGGUUGAACUUUAAGGCCUUGACAUUGUUUUGCUUUUUUGUAAAGACUAAUUACUAGUGUUUUAUUGUGGACACUGUUUUGGACUCAUUUUGGUGUUAAUGGACUUUUCUACCUUUUUGCAAACAAUGAGGCCUGUGAUGAGAAUACAAGCAAGCUGGAUAUGUCUUAGCAUCACAAAGAGAGAUGCACCAUAAUUUUUCGCCUGUGCUAAAAAAGGGCCUUUUUUCCAGCAGCUAAGCUCAGAACUCUGUUUCAUGCUUUUCACAGUUUGUAGAGGAUUUUUCUUCCCUCCUAACUGGAACAUAUUGAUUCCCUUCGCCUUUCCUCGCAGCACUGUGUUUGGAACAAGAGCGUGCAAAACGACCUCCACAUCGAGAGGUGGAAAUCUUGUAGCUGUCUAUGCACUUUGACCUCUGUGAGCAGCAGAGGAUGGAAUAGCCAUAUAGAAGACUCAGCGAUUCCCAGUUCCCACACCAGCGAGAGCCAGCCACUGUCAAUCUAUGGAGCAACGCAACUUGUACGGACCGAUGGGAUUGGAGCCCGGAAUGGGUCACCCCAAUUUGAACCCCAAAGGCUUGGGUUUUGGAGGUGCUCCUGUAGCUUUAAGACUUAAAACUAUCCCUUUAGAUAAAACCUGUUUGUCACACUGUGAAAUGGGUGAUGUCAAGGUGAACUGGAAACAUGAUUGUGCUAUUUUUGUUGGACCUGAUGGUGGUUUGGUUUUAUCCCAGCAGAGUUCACAUAGGAUAGUUCACCCAAAAAUUAACAUUGUCGUCAUUUAUUCACCCUCACUUCAUAGCAUACUUGUGUCUUUCUUAUCUUUCGUCUGCAGAACAAGAAAGAACAUAUUUUGAAGAACUUUUUACAGUUUUGUCCAUACAGUGAAAGUCAAAUGGGGUCCAAACGUUUCAAACUUCAAAAUGAUGCAAAGGUAGUGUAAAAUAUAAAAUCAUUGAUUAAAUACUUUUUGAUGACAUGUCAGUAAUAGCAACUCUCAUUGGUUUUUGUGUGUCACAUGAUGCCAUAACACAAGGUUUGAUGUUACUACUCCAUAUUUGUUUUUUUUUUGGGUGAACUGUCCCUUUAAGUAACUCAAUGUUUUCUGUGCAUGUAGCAUCAUAAUGUAGUUUCGAAUGGGAUUCUGAUGCGCACAGAGGGUGUGAGUUUCAAUGUUUUUGGUGUGUGAGCUUGAAAGUUAACUUGAGAUCUGUGUAUGCAUGCAUUUUCAGUCUCAUUGGCAUCUCAGACUUCACAAGUUUUGCAGUGUUUAACCCUACAUGAUGAGGUAAUAAUAUGGCUUGCUAAAAGGAGUUUGGAUCUCUAUGGACAACUUUAAACAGUCUAAAGUUGUGUUGUAGUCCAUCUCCUGCAUCUUUACUUUUCAAAGCAAGGUGGUCAGAAGCAUAUCUACGCAGGGCCAAGUUGUAUCUUACCCAAACAACAAACAAGAAAACACUGAACUGGAAAUAUUUCACUUAUUUCAGUGAGUAACAGACAUUAAUCUCAAAUUGUCGAUUUGGCAUUAGUCCUUGUUAAGAUGGGUGGAUGGAAGUCUUUUGUAAUAGCAUUCUUAUAAAAAUGAGGGAUAAUUUUUUUUGCGUGUGCGCGAGUAUAUGUGUUUUUUAGGUGGAGGACAAUGAAUACACAUUAAUAAAACUAUAAUGUAUCAUUGCAACAAAACUAUAAAUAUUGUAUAAAUUUGCAUUAAUUUUUGUAAUCUCGUUCCCGUAAUGCAACCACCUUUCUUUUUGAAAGGAGAACAUGUUUGGUACUUGUUUGUAAAUAAUGUUUGCAUUGCACUUGCAGUCUACAAAUGUUUGCCUGUUCAUUUCAAAGCUGAAACAUUGCAUUGUUUGUUGCGCAUAUUGAAUUCAUGAAUUCACACACGCUUGCAUAACUUUGUAUAUUUUAUAUGUUUAUUAAUGCCUUGAACAGUUUGUGUUUAUGCAUAUGUACAGAUGUGAGCUCAGACAGCUAUAUUACGAUAUGAAAAUAAAGCACUUGUUCUGUAACAAA